AUGGAGGCACGAGAAGAAGGGGACUAUGAUCCCAUGGCCUUUUUGCUCCUGAAUAAUAGCGGCAAUUCCAUCGAACUUACGAAUUUCACGGACCGAUUCAGUUCCCACGAUCAAUCGAACGACGGCCGGGCUGCCGAGCUUUCUUUCGCACAACGCAGUGGCAUGAUGAGUGCCAGCACUGGCGCUACUUUUGUUGGGUGGAUACGGACCCGAAAGAAUGCCGUACCAGUAUGUGUUUUUCUGGUGGUCGCCCUGAUUGCCUUGGUUGCUCUCUCCCAAAGAAGCCCAUCAGUCGAAUGGCCACAGUCUACUGCGAAAGCCAUUAGGGUUGAGAAUACCCCACAGGCAAGAGGCGAGGCUUGGCUUCGAGGCCACCCAGAGUAUGGAGCAAUGCCCACUUGGCGCAAGCAUCAAUUGAUGGCCCUUGCAACUUUGUAUUAUGCAACCUGGAUGGGGAGCCCAGGCUCUAAUAGCCGCUGGCUGGAUGGUUCGAUCCAUGAAUGCGAUUGGACCGUGCACAAUAACAACGCCAAUAGAGACAAAAAACCAACCUGCACCAGCGAAGGCGAGUACACAUCCCUGGAGUUCUUGGAAAGUGGUCUUCAGGGGACCUUGCCAGAGGAGGUAUCCUUCCUUACCAAAUUGACCUCACUGGCGCUCCAAAAGAUGAGUAUUCACGGCACCAUUCCUAGAAGAUUCGGAGCUCUAACGGCGCUAACAAAUCUCCAACUUGAACGAAACCGCUUCACGGGUGAAGUACCCAAUUUUUUGUUCAGCAAUAUGCCGCAUCUCCAGGUUUUGCGACUGGAAACCAACGCUUUUUCAGGCACUCUUUCCACUGAAAUUGGCAAGUUGACUGCCCUUGAAAAGUUUUCAUUCAGCGGCAAUCAUAACCUGAAGGGUCACCUGCCAACCGAGCUGGGUUUUCUUACCUUGCUAAAGGAACUAGAUUUGGUACGGAAUUCUCUCAGUGGUCAGCUCCCCACAGAGCUUGGGCUGGCAACUGCCUUGUCCAUCCUUCGCUUGUCGCACAAUCCUUGGACUGGAAGACUGCCUUCUGAGCUGGUCCGGUUAUCCAACUUGUUUUCCCUGGAUAUCAAUGACAAUCUAAUGACUGGGACUCUUUCGUUUGCUGGAUCUGCAUGGGGCCACCUGAACACUUUAAUGUUGUCCGGCACGCAUGUCUCUGGCACGCUGCCCCAGGAAGGUUGGGACAAGCUCACUGGACUGGAAUUUAUUCAUUUAUCUUCCAAUCGCCUGUCGGGGCCACUGCCCAGUGAGCUUGGCUUGCUCUUCUCUCGGUUGUUCAAAUUAGAACUUCACAUGAACCAAUUGACAGGCCAGCUCCCCACAGAAUUGGGCCUGUUGACGUCGGUGACGCGACUUUCACUUCACGACAACCCGUUGACAGGCACAAUCGGGAGUGAACUUGGGUUGAUGAGGAAUCUGUGGCACUUGGAUUUGAGUAAGACGUCAUUGUCUGGGUUGAUCCCCUCGGAAAUUUGUAGUUUGCCGCGUUUGGAAUCCGUCAAAGUGGAUUGUCAAUUGGUGAAAUGUAAUUGUGAGGGUACAUGCCGAUGCCAAUAA